CACACACGCAUCCGACCUUGAAUCUGUCUGUAUUCUGUACCAUUACCGUUGUCAUUACAGUCUCUGUUCUCACCUGUAGAUUCGAUUAUUGACCGUCCUAUCACCAGAAAGCAAUGGGUUUCUUCAGCAAGAAGAAGAAGGACGGCAACGCCAACCCCUACGCCCAAGAUGGCGCUCAGGUGCCCUUCUCCAAUCCGUUGACUCCCUACCAGCAAGCCAGAAACGACCUUGCCCAGGGGCGACCCGCCGGCCUCUCGUCAAGCACAGCUCCUACUGCUUCGAACACUCCUCCUCCAUCCUACCACAGCCCAUCCAUCGCGAGCAGCCGAUACGGGGACGAGAAGUACGGGAACCAGAAGGGCUACGGGACCGACAGAUAUGGCAGCACCGGUUCGGGUCCUGCGCCCGGUGGGUACGGUGGCUUCAACUCUGAUGCUGGAAACAACCGCAGCCAGGCUUCCGCCGCACAACCAGCCGGCGGCGAUAGGAAUCCUGCUCUCUUCGGCAACGCCCAGGAACGAUACAAUCCGUACGGCGGUUCGAAGCCGCAAGCACAGUCCGGGCCCCAAGGCGAUGAGUAUGGUGGUUAUGGUGCGCAGCGGGAAUUGACAGAGGAGGAGCAGGCGGAAGCGCAGGCGCAGGCCCACGUCGACGAAGCCCACGGGGUGAGAAACGAGAGUAUCGCAGCUCUUCAGCGAACCCUUGCGAUGGGUAACCAAGCCUUCGAGCAAGCCACUGGCACGUUGGUGCGAAUCGACCAGCAGGACGAAAUGAUGUUCAAUG